AUGGAGAGUAUGGAGCGAGUCAGCUGCUCCACCAGACCCAGUAUGAACUCCUUCAACCCUGGCUCGUGCAACUACGGGAUGGGUCGCUUCCUGCCGCGGGCCACACCUUUCAGUGACUGUAUGCAGAGUGCCGGGGUCGGGAUGGGCCACGGGCCCGGUGGACCACUAGGGUAUUCUCCCUAUUCGACGGCGGACUGGAACUUGUUAUAUCAUUCCCACGGGUUGUCGGGCAACUCUUUAGACAGACAGAUGGGUGGGGCGCUGGGACAUCACCGAUCUUCGUCGCAUUACUUCUCCAUGACGCCAAACAUGGUCGCCAGCAAAGACUAUAGUUCCUCCCUACACCAGCCCGUGGGUCCAUCCCCCAUGGGGGUCGGGGUCUCAAUGCAUGGUUCACAUUCUUCCCAUCAUUCACCUCAUCCAGCCUACCCGUCGCCGCCGCUGAUAGCCCAGCAGAGGUCACAAUAUGAGGCUGCCAGUGUCAGCUACCAUGCUCUGUGUGGGGCCGGCUCCCCCCAGGGAGGAACCUCCUGCAUGUCACCGGACAUCGAUAAGAAGGAGAACAAGCCCAAAGAUUCGCCAGACCCUUAUAAACUGGACCUAUCAGUCAAACCCAGGAAGGAGCGAACAGCCUUCACCAAACACCAGAUCCAGGAACUGGAGAAAGAGUUCACGCUCCACAACUAUCUCACUCGGCUCAGGAGGUACGAGCUGGCCGUGGCCCUAGACCUCACGGAGAGACAGGUGAAAGUCUGGUUUCAGAACCGACGGAUGAAAUGGAAGAGAGUCAAAGGCACAAAGCUAGUCAAGGACAAAGUUGACGGGCAGUUGAAACCUAUCAUGGCUCCAAAUGUCACCUCAACACAACAUGGCGGCACCGGCGUCACUUCCGGCUUGUCUGGAAGUCAACAAGACAACAUGGAAGACAGUGGCCAAGAUGGCGGCGAUGAUACAUCGGACGAGAUUGACGACAUGGGAGAUAUAUCUGGGCUCCAGGGGAUGUCUUAA